ACCAGCAUGAAGAGGAUCUGGAUAAAUAUAUUGGUUACAGUUCAACUUAUUCUUGUGUCAAGCUCUUAUUCAAGAGAAACCUGCCAGGAAUUUGCCCAUGUCCUGUAUAAGAUAAUUCUACACUACACAACUGCAGUUAAGUAUUUGAAUCGACGGAAGGUAGUUCAACGACCUGCCUCCAAUUCAUUAAAUUCGGUCUAAUGGUGCUUUUCACAUUUCCUUCAUUUAAAGUAUCAAAUUCAGAACUUUAGCAUUCAAAGGCUGUCUUAAAGUUAUAUUUAUAAAUAAACGUUGUACUUAUUUUUUUUAGAAUCGAAGACGAUUUAAAUAUUUUCACUAAAUUCCUUUGAAUAUGUUCAUCGCAUUAAAGAACAAAUGAUUGAAUGUUUGUUUGGCACCCGGUAGUCUGCAAACAUAAAAGGCUAGAUGAGAGCAGAGGUUGUAGUGAAAUAGAACAGGAAAACCAGGAGAACCAGGAGAACCAGGAGAACCAGAAGAACCUAGAAAAACUUACGGACCAAGAAGGUUCGGCUACUUGUGAGAAGCUAGAAAACUCAGAAAACCAGGAAAAAUCGGAGAACCCGGAGAAACGGGAGAACCAGGAGAAAAGGGAGAACCAGGAAAAAAGGGAUAACCAGGAAAAAAGGGAAAACCUGGAGAAAAGGGAGAACCAGGAGAAAAAGGAGAACCAGGAGAAAAAGGAGAACCAGGAGAAACGGGAGGAUCAGGAGAAAUCGGAAAACCAGGCAAAAUCAGAGAACCAGGAGAAGUUUGAGAACCUGGCAAUUAUGGACAAAGUGGAGAACUCAAAGAACCUAAAUAUACUUAAACCUGUUGAGAAUGAGAACCCUGAAGACCAGAAAGUUCGUUUACUCAAGGAUCUAGAAGAAAAGAAAAAUACCCUAGAAACCUUCAUAAACACACAUUUUCAGGAUAUUGAGUAUGGAGAAGAGAGCGGAGAAGAUUAUGUAUCCAACCCUAUCAAUGCUUUUACUAUGAUUCGAAGACUAGCUGUAGACUGGAGAUCUUUACAUAAGAAUUUGUUUACGGAGGAGCCCAAGUGGUAUAGAGCUGUAUAGACUACCAGAGAUGAACGAGAAUGAAUUUUCACACUGAUUUAACUGACCGUCAUUCACAAUUUAACUAAUCAUAAAUGUUUCUCUUUUUCUCUCUUUUUUAUAGUUUUUUUGUCGGUGGAUGCAUUUUGAAUUGAAAAGUGUAAAUAAGAGGCUACAAAAUAUGCGGUGCAAACAAAGGAACUGAGUUUUUGCCACAGAUUCUGAUUUUACAAUCACUAUAUCUUUGCAACCUGA